AUGUCUUCGUUUACACCAGAUGAUGUUCCCGACUUAACAGGAAAAGUAGCGCUUGUAACAGGGGGCAAUAGGUCUAUCGGGCUGGAAUCCGUCUACCUACUCCUCCGAAAGAACUGUACAGUGUAUAUCUCUGGACGUUCUGAAUCUGGAUUCGAAGAAGCUAAGAAGACACUUACUGGUCGAGGGGAUAUUUCCGAAGAGGCGAUUGCGCGACUCCAUUUCCACAAGCUCGACCUGGCGGAAAUGAAGCAUGCAGAAGCUUCUGGUCACGAUUUCGUCAAAUCACACCCCGAGAGACUCGACAUUCUCAUCGCCAACGCGGGCGUGUCUAUGCAGACUCCCGACAAGCUAUCCCCAGACGGUUACGAACUCACUUUCCAGACCAACCAACUCGGACACUUUGCCUUCAUCGGGCCUUUACUUCCACUGAUUGAGAAAACGGCAAAGGAGCACGGGGACGCUAGGGUCGUCAUCACAUGCAGCGACGCACACGCCUUUGCGAAGGAUGGUAUCGAUUUUGAGUCGUUGAGCCAGACUCAACCCCACAUUGGGAUCCGUGGGAUGGGUGACGCCAUGAGACGAUAUGGAGUAACAAAGCUAGCAUUGAUGCUUUAUACCAGAAGACUGGACAAGGAGUGGGCCGCACCAUUGAGGGACAAAGGUACUAUGGCACCAUUCUCAACACGUCUCUUGGAGGAUCAGGAGCACACCAUGACUCAAGUCUAUGUCGCUACAUCCCCACAGAUCAAGGAGAAGAAGGAACACGGGCUGUAUUAUGUUCCCAGGAAGAACUGGAGAGGUCGUUACACACAUUCUAGUGAUCAAGCCCCUGAUACCAAGUGGGGUACUGAUGACGAGUUGGCCGACAAAUUGUGGGAGUUUUGUGAACAAGCUUUAAACAAGUCUCGCACCUCCUCACAAUAG